ACCUCCCCCAGACCCAGACGGCCCAUCCCUCUGGGCCCCAUCCCUCUCUCUCCAGCAUGGUUGGAAUAGUUAGAGUGGAGCUGUAGACUGGCCGUCACAUGCAAGCUCAGGCACAGCAACAGGAGGAACGUGAGGUGACUUUGAAUCCAUUUCAGGAGAAGAAGAGGUGCGAAGUAGUGGAUGCGAAACAGCAAGGAGGGUUACAGCAGUCGACGAGCAAGGCCGACUGCAAUCGGAAAGAGUGUGAUAUCUGUGGCCGGCGCUUUCAUCCUGACCGUCUGGAGAAACACAGCCUGAUAUGUGCCAAGGUCGCCUCCGAGAGCAAAAGACGUGGGGUCUACGACUCCUUCAAGCACCGGUACAAGGGCACCAACCUGGACAGCUUCAUCAAGCGAUCUAUUGAUCCAUGAUUCAUGUGAUGUGGUGUGUUGCCUGUCCUCCAAGCCUAUAUGCUCUCCUGACUAUGACAAAGUUUAAAACUCUUCUCCUACUAGAGAAACCUUUUUAUUUUCACUUAAAUAAAAAGUA